GAUUCGAACCGACGAAACACUGGGCCGCCUGCAGCGGAGCGCGCGAACUUAACCACUUGGCCACGGGGCCGGCCCCUACAGCAGCUUCUUGAUGCCCUGUGACUGACUAUCCAUAGCGGUGGUGACUGAGGCAAGGGUUAGCAGCCUGAAUGGGCUGGACUGCCCCUUGGGGUCAGCUGACCCAGCUGCCCAAGAUCUGAGCCUGUGCCUGUGCCCUGCCCACUGUCCUCUCCUGUCACCUUUGAUUUUUGACAGUAGCCCCAUGAAGUAAGUAUGUAGACAAGGAAACAAGCUUAGAGAGAGUGUGUAAAUUUCUCAUGGUCACUUGCUUCUAUUUAUCUUACUUCAAACCUUGUGUUUUUAUUCUGUUUUAUCUCCACUCUACUCUGAUUGAUAACAGGAACCCCAAAAACCAUAGUAUCAAACUCUUUCACUCAGGAAAGUAGGCCAGUGAUUCUUUCUGCAGCUUCGUCUUAAAACCCUUACUGCUUCUUGUCUUAGCUUCCAGGGCCAUUUCUGAGCAGUAGAGGUUACAAACAUUCCACUGAACAAACAGUUCCAAAUCCUGUCAUCGUACCCUAUGUGCCUGUUCCAAAUGGUAAUACAUGCAUGAUUUUUUUUUAUUUAAAAGAAAUGAAUAUAACUAGUAUUGCUUUAAGAGUUGAAACCUGGCUUUUAGCUACAUGGCAUGUUAAAGUACCUCUAAGGUGGCUGGAAGCUUGUAUUAACUGGAUCCAAGAAGAAAAUGAUAAUGUUAAUUUGAGUCAGGCACAAGUGAAUAAACAAGUGUUUGAGCAAUGGCUUCUUACGGAUCUGAGAGAUUUGGAGCAUCCUCUUUUGCCUGAUGGCAUUUUAGAAGUUCCAAAAGGAGAACUGAAUGGAUUUUUUGCUCUGCAGAUUAAUUCAUUGGUUGAUGUAGGUCAACCUGCAUAUUCCCAGAUACAAAAGUUAAGAGGCAAGAAUACAACAAAUGAUCUAAUUACAGCUGAAACACAAGUAACCCAAAAACCUUGGGAAGCAAAGCCUUCACGAAUGUUGAUGCUACAGCUAACUGAUGGGGUUGUACAAAUGCAGGGAAUGGAAUAUCAGUCUAUUCCAGCUCUUUAUAGUGAUCUUCCUCCAGGUACAAAAAUUUUGAUUCAUGGGAACAUUUCUUUCCGUCUUGGUGUUCUCUUAUUGAAACCAGAAAAUGUGAAGGUGUUAGGGGGAGAAGUAGAUUCUCUUUUAGAGGAAUAUGCCCAAGAAAAACUACUUGCAAGAUUAAUUGGGGAACCUGAUCCUGUAGCUUCAGCUAUACCAAAUAAUUCUAACCAAAGCAUCCCCAGAAUUACAGAUGUUCUAGAUCCUGCUUUAGGACCUUCUGAUGAAGAACUCCUGGCAAGUCUUGAUGAAAGUGAUGAGCUUGCAGCAAAUAAUGACACCUCCUUAGAAAGAAUAUGUUUCAGCACAGGUAGUUCCUCAAAUACUGUUCCCAUAAGACAAUCAAGUUUUGAACCAGGACUUGUUAUUUCUCCAAGACCAAAGGAGAAAUCACCAAAUCAAUCUAUGCAUUUCUCUGAUGGGGAAUUAGAUGACUUUUCUUUGGAGGAGGCCUUGCUUUUGGAAGAAACUGUCCAGAAAGAACAAAUGGAGACUAAAGAAUUGCAGCCAUUGACUUUGGACAGAACCAUGGAUGAAACUAUAGAGAGAUUUUCACAUAAAUCUAAAACUCUGGAUAAUUUUUCUUUGAUUUGCAAAAAUGGAAACAAUAAUUGGAAUGAAAAAAAUUCAUCUGAACAAAUGACCAAUGAAGACAAGUCUUUUAUUUGUCCAUCUGCUAGAGACCAAAACAGUAGUGUUUUUUCAGUUCAACGUAAUGUAGCCCUACCCCAAGAUUUUACAAAUAAAGAUAAGAACUCAGAGAUAGAUGAUAAAGUAAAGCAAAGCAUCAGCAAUUCAGAUGGACAUUCCUUAAAUAAUAAAAUAUUAAAUGGAGAGCUGGUCACUUAUGUACCAAAAAGGAGUUCACAAAUUUCUGAUGAAAAUGAUCGCCAUUUACAGACUCAUUCUUUAAGAUCAUCAGAGAAUAGCACUAAUCUUUCCAUCACCAUGGAUUUGUAUUCUCCACCUUUUAUCUAUUUGUCUGUUCUAAUGGCCAGCAAACCAAAGGAAGUUAUAACAGUGAAAGUCAAAGCAUUUAUUGUAACCUUAACUGGAAAUCUCUCAGCUUCUGGUGGUAUUUGGAGUAUAACAGCAAAGAUUUCUGAUGGUACAGCAUAUCUAGAUGUAGAUUUUGUAGAUGAAAUACUUACUAGUCUGAUAGGGUAUUCAGUACCAGAAAUGAAAAAGUUAAAAAAAGAUCCUCUUCAGUACCAAAAGUUCCUGGAAGGUUUGCAGAAAUGCCAGAGAGAUCUAAUAGAUUUGUGCUGUCUAAUGACUAUUUCAUUUAAUCCCUCCUUGUCUAAAGCAAUGGUACUGGCAUUACAAGAUGUUAAUAUGGAACACCUUGAGAACCUAAAGAAGCGAUUGAAUAAAUAAUUUACAAAAUAGUAUUAGAAAACAAUAAAAGAGGAAAUAUUUAGACUUAAAUUUAUCCUUUUAUUUGCGAAACUUUCUUUUGUAAACUUCUUUUCAUAGCUUAUUUCAGUUUGAUUUAAAAGUGUUUAAUCAUAUUUGUUUAGGUUUUUUAAUAAAUUAAUUUUUUAUGGUAACUUA